AUGGGUGCACAGCAGUCCUCCCAGGCUCCCCAAGAGCAAGUCUUCCAGUCCGAGCCAUCCACUUCGGUCCAGUUCUCCCCCUCCCUGAUUGAUCGACUCUCGUCCGCCGCCCCUUCUCCCGAUAAAUCAGCCAAAUCCAGCUCCAGCGUCAGCGGCAGCUCAAGCUCGAGCACGGACGAUAUCGUCCGUAGAAGACUCGCGGCAGAAUCAGCACAUAUCAGACAGCAAGAGUCGGAGAUCCUGUCCAAGAUCUCGGCGGCGCUCGAGAAGGAGAACAUGGACAAGGAGAAGCCGAGGAUGAGCUCGCAGGUGCUCAGUAGGGAUAUUGAGGAGGUGAGGGAGAAGGUUGGCAGGAUGAAGAGGGAGAGGGAGCAGAAGGAGGGAGAGGGGGUCAGGAAGGCCAAGGAGGGGGUCGUUGCUUGUUAUGCUGCUAAGAAGGACCGACCAUUAGAUUGCUGGAAAGAGGUCGAGGCUUUCAAGUUCGAGGUUUCAAAACUGGAGCAGGCAUUUGUCAAGUCGAUGCAAUAG